ACCAUCACAUUUCAACAGGAUCAUCAUCCGUCUCCCCCGCAGAGGCCAAGGAGUUUGUUUACUAGUACUAGUAGUCCCACCAAAGCAGCAGCAGCAGCAGCACAACCCCCCUCCUCACUCACCAAUUCCAUGCAAGAGGGAAUCAAAUCCUUGCAACGACAAGCCGUCUCACAGUUGGGCCUUGGGACGACGACAGCCCCGCCAAAUUCUAGCAACAGCAAUGCACCAACAACGUUUCGCUCCGCCCCUAAACCCGACACAUCCUUUUCUUCCUCCAAAUACUUUUCGCAACGUGAUGACUUUGAGCAUGUCGACCAAUCCAUCAAUCUUAUGGACUCCACAAUGGAUAUGAUGGAACAGAAUAGCAAGUCCGCCAAUCGAAGACGAGGGAAACGUCCCACCAAGGACUUGUCCAAACGCAAGCUGAAUCAGGAUCUCUCCCAACGCAAACUCAACCAAAACCUGUCCCAACGCAAUGUAUUAUCCGCCAUACUAACGAUGGACAAUAGUAGCAACCGAAACAACACCAAUCAUUCCAACGGAGCCAACCGCAAAUGGUGGUUCCCAAAUUGGUUUGCCAGGAGAGGAAGCAACUUAAGGGGAUCCACAAACGAGGUGGUGCUUCCAUCGCCCCCACCGCCACCCAGCAAUCUCGGAAACAACAGUCAGAAUUAUCCAUCAUCAACGUCUUCUUCUUCUUCGCCCUCGGCAUUCCGCAACACUCUCUUUACAGUCUGCAUCGUUUGCCAAGCCACUUGCUAUUCCAGGAGACGACUGCUUCUGAUUGUACUUCUGGUCAUGGCCAUGGCGGCUACCAUGAUUCAUGUCUCGAUUCUGGCCCAUCGCAUGGUACAACACAAUCGUCUCGAGGACAAACUGUCCUCCCUGGAUCGCGAAGGGGAAAUGGUGGAAAUACUGGUGCGAAAAAACAUUACGUCACCUCAAGCCUUGAGCGAUGAAACGCAACCCGCAUCGAUGGCAUUGCAGUGGUUGGUCGAACAAGAUCCGGCCCAUCUUGCUACACGACACGAGCUGCUCCACGAUUUGGUACCACGGUUCGUCUUGACGACACUGUACUUUGCUACUACUACUACCAACAAGAAGAAGAACCAAAAGAAGAAGAAAUGGACCCAUGAGACGCAUUGGUUAACGGGGAAACAUGUCUGCGAGUGGCACGGGAUUACGUGCACGACAAAGGGAGGGCAACGCAGUAAUAGUAUUCUGACCCAAAUGAACUUGACCAACAAUCAACUUCAGGGUCGACUUCCGCUAGAGCUCAAUGCAUUAUCCGACAUGAGAAUCCUGGAUCUCUCGUACAAUGCUAUCCAAGGACCCAUAUGGGAAGACUGGACCAUGGGUUGGACGCAAUUGCGGUCGUUUCGGUUUCAACACAAUCAAGGCACGGGCGCCUUGCCACAGCGAUGGAACAUGCCACAUUUGCAAGAACUGGUCCUGCUCAGAAACAAGUUUCGUGGAACGGUGCCUUCGUUUGGGCAGCACCACAUGUUGAAGGUGUUGUACCUACAAGACAACAAGUUUUCCGGUUCCUUGCCGUCCAAGUCAAUGGCCAGUUGGACGAAAAUGAGAUUUUUACAUUUGCACAACAAUCAACUGGGAGGGAGUAUUCCAGAUACGAUUGGUGGUAUGACACUGUUGGAAGAAUUGAGCCUCCAAGGGAAUGACCUUGUUGGCGCGAUUCCAGCAAGCAUCAGCAGCUUAUCGGGGCUAGAAAUGCUACGGUUGGGCGACAACGCUUUGACGGGCUCCAUACCAGAAGUCUUUGGCAACCUAGUCAAGCUCACUGACCUACAGCUCAGCAGCAACCGUUUUCGAAGCUUGCUGCCCACGUCCAUCGGAGGCUUGCCAAAACUGAAAUGGUUUGCGAUUGAUGCAAGUGGUAUGACUGGGUAUAUUCCAAAGGAGUGGAAGGGAAUGACCAAUCUAGAAGUGUUACUACUUCACGAAAAUGAUCUGGUUAGUUCCCUAGACGGAGAGCUUCUCCGUGCCCUGAACAAGCUUCGUCAGCUCUCACUGCAUACAAACUUCUUCCGCGGAUCUCUCCCAAGCGAGGUGGGGUUGUUGAGUGACCUGAAGGAGCUCCUCUUGCAAACCAAUGAUCUCCGUGGGCCACUGCCGUCUGAGAUUGGCAAUCUACAAAAAUUGGGUAAGCCUUCUUUUUGA